AUGAAUUGGUUAAUCCUGUUGACAUUGUGGAUUUUCCGGUUAAAAACAUCAUCUCGGGUUGUUCUUGGAACCUGUCUCCUCUCCCUUUCUGGUCCGGAUUCGGUUUCUUCUCGGGUUUCCAAAUGUUUAAUUCCUUUUGAUCUUCGUCCGGGAAAUUUGGUUUGGAAUCCCUCUCCCACGGGCGAUCUCACUCUUCAGCUUGCUUAUGAGUUUCAAAGAGGCAAAAAACCUUCAGUCAGUUGGCAUCACUUUGUUUGGUCCAAUCACUUUCCUCCUUCCAAAUUCUUCAUGGCGUGGCGGCUUAUCCUCGAUAAGAUUCCGACGGACGAAAAUCUUAUUCGUAGAGGUUUUUUGUUUUCUUCUGCUUGCAGCCUUUGUAACGCUUCGGUGGAAUCCUCUCAACACUUGUUCUUUGAGUGUCCUUUUGUUGCUGCUCUUAGGUAUUGGCUCUCCACCAUGCUUGAUUGUCGUUUUGGUAUCCGUAAUUGGGAGGAUGUUUGGCAAACUUGUGGCCUUUUUUGGUCUGGGCAGUGUGCUACUGUCGUGCAUUGUGCCAUUCUUCAUUUGUUCAAUGUUGUUUGGAUUGCUAGAAACAACAUGAGAUUCCAUGGUAAAUUGGUUUCAGUUUCCACCUCUACUAACUUUAUCAUGGUUGCGUGUUCUACUUCUUGGAUUGGGUCGAAAGCUGCUCCGCGUCUUCCCUUAUCAGACUUUGCUAUCCUUAAAAAGUUUCACAUUUCUAUUCUACCUCUGAUAUCCCCUAGGUUGGUGGAGGUGAUUUGGAAGCCCCCUCCUUGGAGUUGGAUUAAAGCUAAAUGUGAUGGUGCGUCUUCUCAUAACCCGGGUAAUUUGGCUUGCGAAGGUUUAUUCAGAGAUCAUAACGGCAACUUUGUUGGUGCUUUUUCUCGUUUUUUGGGUGUCUGA